AGGCUGAGAGAGAGAUCGUCUGCGAGGGUGAGGAUACUGGAGGUUGGCAGUGUCAGCAUCGCAAGAGGGCUCUAGCAGAGGAGGAGGAGGAGGAGGAGGAG